AUGUCAACGAAGGCAGAGCAAUUUGCCUCUAAGAUACGAUACUUGCAAGAGUAUCACAACCGAGUGCUACACAAUAUUUACCCCGUACCAUCUGGGACAGACAUUGCUAACACACUGAAAUACUUUUCACAAACCCUGCUCAGCAUCCUUUCCCGUACAGGCAGGAAGGAAAGCCACGAAGCUUCCAAUCUGGCCGUCCCAAUGACCAUGUGUCUUUUUCCUGUGCCAUUCCCACUCACCCCAUCUCUAAGACCACAAGUCAGUUCCAUCAACCCCACAGUUACUCGCUCCCUCCUUUACAGCGUUCUGCGGGACGCCCCGGCCGACCGGGGGGGUGCCACGCAGCAAAGCCGGGACGCUCAGCUCUCAGACUAUCCGUCUCUGGACUAUCAGGGGCUCUAUGCUACCCUCGUCACCUUGCUUGACCUGGUGCCCCUGCUCCAGCACGGUCAGCAUGACCUGGGACAGGCCAUAUUUUACACCACCACUUGCCUCCUGCCUUUUCUCAGUGAUGAUAUCCUCAGCACUUUGCCCUAUACCAUGAUCUCCACUUUGGCCACUUUCCCUCCGUUCCUGCACAAAGACAUCAUAGAGUACCUGAGCACCUCCUUUCUGCCAAUGGCCAUAUUGGGUUCAACUCGACGUGAAGGAGGGGUCCCUGCUUAUGUCAAUCUGUCUGCCUCUUCUAUGUUAAUGAUUGCUAUGCAGUACACCUCCAACCCAGUGUACCACUGCCAGCUCCUGGAGUGUUUGAUGAAAUACAAACAGGAGGUGUGGAAGGAUCUUCUCUAUGUCAUAUCCUAUGGACCGUCCCAGGUGAAGCCUCCUGCUGUCCAGAUGCUCUUCCACUAUUGGCCCAAUCUGAAACCCCCCGGAGCAAUUAGUGAGUACAGAGGACUCCAGUACACAGCUUGGAAUCCCAUUCACUGCCAACACAUCGAGUGUCAAAAUUCUAUUAAUAAACCAGCAGUGAAGAUGUGCAUUGACCCCACUCUCUCUGUUGCCCUGGGAGACAAACCCCCUCCUCUUUAUAUAUGUGAAGAAUGUAGCCAGAGGAUUGCAGGGGACCAUGCAGAAUGGCUGGUUGAUGUGCUUUUGCCUCAAGCUGAGAUAUCUGCUAUAUGUCAGAAGAAGAACUGCAGCUCUCAUGUGAGGAGGGCAGUUGUCACCUGCUUCUCGGCUGGCUGCUGCGGUCGGCAUGGCAACCGGCCUGUGCGCUACUGCAAGCGUUGUCAUGUCAACCACCACAGCAGUGAGGUGGGGGCAUCGGCGGAGACUCAUCUGUAUCAGACGUCACCCCCUCCCAUUAACACGCGGGAGUGCGGGGCAGAGGAACUGGUAUGCACCGUAGAGGCUGUCAUCAGUCUAUUAAAAGAGGCUGAGAUCCAUGCUGAACUAAGGGAGUUUGAGAUGAACCGACGGAGACAGAUGGGUCUCUCUGCCUCUCACCACUCCCUGGACAAUCUCGAAUUCGACAACAAAGAGGACGACCAGCAUGAUCAGAGACUACUCAGUCAGUUUGGCAUCUGGUUUCUGGUGAGUUUAUGCACUCCCAGUGAGAAUACUCCGACGGAGAGCCUGGCCAGACUGGUCAGCAUGGUUUUCCAGUGGUUCCACUCCACGGCCUACAUGAUGGACGAUGAAGUCGGCAGUCUGGUGGAGAAACUCAAGCCACAAUUUGUCACAAAGUGGCUGAAGACGGUGUGUGACAUUCGCUUUGACGUGAUGGUUAUGUGUCUGCUGCCCAAACCUGUGGAAUUCGCAAGGGUGGGUGGUUACUGGGACAAGUCUUGCAGUACAGUGACCCAGCUGAAAGAGGGAUUAAACCGUAUCCUGUGUUUGAUUCCCUAUAAUGUGAUCAGCCAGCCACUGUGGGAAUGUUUCAUGCCAGAGUGGCUGGAGGCAAUCCGCACUGAGGUGCCAGACAACCAGCUAAAGGAGUUCAGAGAAGUUCUAAGUAAGAUGUUUGAUAUUGAGUUGUGCCCUCUGCCUUUCUCUAUGGAGGAGAUGUUUGGCUUCAUCAGCUGCAGGUUCAGUGGUUACCCUGCAUCUGUACAAGAACAAGCCUUGCUUUGGCUACACGUGCUCUCAGAGCUGGACAUCGUGGUGCCCUUGCAGCUCCUGAUCAGCAUGUUCUCUGAUGGUGUAAAUUCAGUGAAAGAGUUAGCCAAUCAGCGCAAGGCGCGAGCUGCAGAGCUGACAGGAAACACGGGAGCCCGAAGGGUGAGCGUGGUAUCGGACCCUGGCAGACGGGGUCAGCACAACACCCUGAGCCCGUUCCCCAGUCCCUUUCGCAGUCCUUUCCGGAGCCCCCUGCGCUGCAGCCCCUUUAAGAACCUGGGUCACGCCACAGGCAACUGUGCCCUCGACCUGGACUGUGAUGACGAUGACAUGAACCUGGGCUGUUUCAUCCUCAUGUUUGACCUCAUCCUCAAACAGAUGGAGUUGCAGGAUGAUGGAGUGAUGCUGGGAUUGGAGAGCUGUCUGGGUAGGGACAUUGUGGGCAUCAUUAACAGUGUGUUCCAGGCACCUUGGGGUGGUACCCACACCUGUCAGAAAGACGAGACAGCCAUGGAAUGCACUUUGUGUCAGUCCAGCAUCCUCUGCUAUCAGCUGGGCUGUGAGCUACUGCAGAGACUCACUCCCAAAGAGGAAAUACGACUAGUGGAGCCUGCAGAUUGCCUGGAGGAGAGUUUAGUUUUCCCACGGCCGGAACUGUCUCUUCAGCCAGAAAAUAGGACGGGGGAUGGAGACAAUCCCACUGACACAAACACAGACAACCCCGGCAACCAAAGCCAUUCCCCUGACAACCCCCCUUUGAAGAAUAAUGCUGACAGGAAAUUUUCCUACCAGCAACUUCCUGUGUCCCUCAAGCUGAUUUACACCAUACUGCAAGAGAUGGGGAAAUUUGAGGAACCUGAUAUUCUCUUUAACAUGCUGAACUGUCUGAAGAUGUUGUGUUUGCAUGGAGAGUGUCUGUACCAUGCCAGGAAAGAUCAGCCUCAGUUUCUCGCUUACAUCCAGGAGAAGAUGCUAAUUCCCAGUUUGUGGUCUAUGCUGAAGUCAGAAUUCUGCCAGCUGGCAUCCCUGGCAGUGCCACAGCUGCUCCAUGCCCUCUCUCUGUCUCACGGUGCAGACAUCUUCUGGAGACUGGUGGACAGCAGCUUCAACAGCAAGGACUGGAAGAUACGCUUUGAAGCAGUGGAGAGAGUUGCAGUUUUAUGUCGUUUCCUGGACAUUGGCUCAGUGACAAAGAGCCACCUGCUGAAGUACUCUCUGGCUCAUGCUUUCUGCUGUUUCCUGGCUAGUAUUGAGGAUGUGAACCCUGCAGUGGCGACCAGAGCCAGGCUACUGCUGGACACCAUCAAACGCCCCGCCCUGCAGGGCCUCUGCCUGUGUCUGGAUUUCCAGUUUGAUACAGUCGUGCGUGAUCGACCCAUUAUUCUGAGUAAGCUACUGCUGCUGCAUUCUCUGAAGCAGGAGAUCCCUGCACUCAGCUGGGAGUUUUUUGUCAACCGCUUUGAGACUCUUUCUCUGGAGGCUCAGCUACAUCUUGACUGCAAUAAGGAAUUCCCUUUCCCCACCACGAUUACAGCCGUGAGGACCAACGUUGCUAACCUCAGUGACGCGGCCAUGUGGAAGAUAAGACGUGCACGUUUCGCACGAAACCGGCAGAAGAGCGUCCGCUCACUCAGAGACAGCGUGAAGGGUCCAUCAGAGUCCAAACGUGCCUUCUCCCUCCCAGAAAUGCUGUGCAAUAAACUGCGUGAUUCACCUCCAGAAGAUGACUCUAUCAUUAAAGACCUUCUCCCAGAAGAUGCUGGAAUAGAUCAUCAGACAGUGCAUCAGCUCAUUAUGGUGCUGAUGAAGUUUAUGGCCAAAGAUAAAAGCAGCGCUGAGAUUGAUAUUGGCAGCGCCAAGGCCUUUAAUACGGUUAAACGCCACCUCUACGUCCUGCUGGGAUACGACCAACAGAUGGGCUGUUUCAUGAUCGCUCCGCAGAAGAUGAGAUCCUCCACAUGCUUUAAUGCCUUUAUCGCGGGUAUUGCACAGGUGAUGGAUUACAACAUUGGCCUGGGGAAGCAGCUGCUCCCUCUAGUGGUACAGGUGUUGAAGUACUGCACAUGUCCACAGCUCCGACCUAACUUCCAAGAGCCGCCUCGCUGCUCUCUGUGGGCCCUGAGGCCGCAUAUCAGACAAAUGUGGCUCAAAGCUUUACUCGUCAUCCUAUAUAAGUACCCUUACAGAGACAUGGAUAUGAGUAAAGAGGUUGUCCUCCAUCUCAUACACAUUACUAUCAACACUCUUAAUGCCCAGUACCACAGCUGUCGCCCCCACGCCUCAGCCGGACCACUCUACAGCGAUAAUUCCAACAUCAGCCGCUACAGCGAGAAAGAGAAAGAGGAAGACAGUGUGUUUGAUGAGUCAGAUGUCCAUGACACCCCAACAGGAGCAGGCAAUAAGGAAUCUCAGACCUUCUUCGCUCGACUCAAGCGGAUUGGCGGCAGCAAGUCUGUAAAGUACCAGCCCGUGGAGCUUAAUGCUCAGAGAAGUGAGAUAGAGUUGUUGGAGUACAGGGACGUGGGUGGUCUUCAGGAUAGUUUGCUGCACUCGGCGCGUGAGGAAAGCAGCAGUAAGAAGAAGCGGUUACAGGCCAUGCACAAACAGAAAUCUCUGGACAUAGCCAACACCACCGACUCCAUCCUUUUCAGUCUGGAUGAACACCGUCGGAAGUCCUGCAUCGACCGCUGUGACCUGCAAGGCCCACCCCCACCUCCUCCCUCUUCCACCUCUUCCACAAUCAGACAGCCACGCAGGUCAGAACAUCACGGGAAGGGCUCAUCCGAUGGCUCCUCUGGACCGGACCGCCGUGGUUCCCGUGACGUGACCCACCCAGACAACGCCAGGCCGGUUAUUCCCGAGGUGCGUCUUAGCUGCAUGGAAACUUUUGAAGAUAAGAGCACGGGUUUGGACUCUCCUCUGGUUGUCUCUAGCCUGACCCCACAUGUGAAAGAGGACACAGACCUGAUUGACCUCUCCUCCGACUGUACAUCUAUCCCAGAGAAGCAUUCCAUUCUCUCUCUUUCCGACAGCGACUCGUUGGUCUUUGAGCCGCUCCCGCCUCUGCGUAUUGUGGAGAGUGAUGAUGAAUGUGAGCCGCUGGCACAAACCCAGGCUAGCAGGGGGCCAGACAAACCUGAUGGACAAUUUUCAGCUUCUCCUUCCUCUGCCAGCACUACCCUGCGUUUGUCCCCAGUUGUCCAGGUCAGUGUGGAGGAUUGCUCCAAAGACACAAAGACCUGCUCACCCACUCCGGCUAAAGGAAGCCCUAUACAGGCUACUGAGAAUAGGCUUCCAUCAAUUACACCCACAGCCUCUCUGGAGCUCCCAGAUCGGCCUGAACAUUCAGGUCAGGAAAGUCCUCUGACUCUGAAACAGAAGAGAGAUCUUCUCAGGAAAACGUCCCACGUUCCAGAUUGUUCUGUGGAUGAUCCCGGCACCAUGCAACCAGAAGAGGGAAAAGCUGGUGAGGCAUCAGGGGCGAGUCCUUCAAGCAGAUCUGUUUUCCUCAGCCUCCCUGAGGACACAUUGGAACAACUGGAUCCACUUAAAAAUGAGAGAGGCCUUUUCGAAGAUGAAGAUGACAUUGAGGAUUACGAGGAUGAUGAAGUUGAUUCUGGAGAUGAGAGAGACAGUGACCUUAAACCCGAUGACGAGAGUGAUGAGGCGGAGUUUAAAAUUCAGAUUGUACCUCGACAGCGCAAACAAAGGAAAAUUGCGGUCAGUGCCAUUCAGAGAGAAUACCUGGACAUCUCCUUCAAUACCCUGGAUAAGAUGGGUGACCAGACAUCUGAGUCAGAUCCCAAAGUCUUAUCCACACUGGAAAAACCACGGGAAUCCGCUUCGGCUCCCGCCCUUGAAGCUGCUGUCCCCGAAACCAGCAAUCGAUCCUCUGUUUCAACUCAAUACAGGCAGGCUAAACGAGGUUCACUGGGAGCAGUGACAAUGAGUCAGCUGAUGAAGAGGCAGCUAGAACAUCAGUCCAGCGCUCCACACAACAUCAGCAACUGGGAAACAGGUCCCACUAAGACAAGUCUGCUCUCAGCUCCCAGUACAGUCAGUAUGUAUGUCCCUGCCCCUGAGGACUUCAGUGAUGAGCAGCCUACUACCAUGGCUGACAGGUGUCGUGACUGUGGGGCAGUAUUAGAGGAGUAUGAUGAGGAGACUCUGGCUCUAGCUGUAGUUGUCCUUUCCAUGUUCAUCCAUCUGAGCCCAGACCUGGCUGCUCCUCUGCUCCUUGACAUUAUGCAGUCUGUGGGAAGGUUGGCCUCCAGUGCCAGUUAUUCAGGUCAAGCUGAGAGUAUGCUUAUUCCUGGAAAUGCUGCUGGAGUUGCCAAACAAUUUCUGCGCUGUGUUCUCCACCAGCUUGCUCCAAACGGCAUCCUACCACAACUGUUCCAGAGCAACAUCAAAGAUGGAAGUUUUCUGCGCACUCUGGCCACUUCUCUAAUUGAUUUCAAUGAACUUAGUUCAGUGGCUGCAUUAAGUCAACUUUUAGAGGGUUUAAACAAUAAGAGGCAAUUACCAGCAGGGAGCACAAUGCUACACUGUCUGGAAAACAUAGCCAGCUUUAUGGAAGCUCUUCCCAUGGACUCCCCCAGUAACCUCUGGACAACCAUCUGUAACCAAUUCCAAACCUUCCUCACCAAACUACCCUCUGUUCUGCCCCUCAAGUGCCCGCUGGACUCCAGUUUGCGGAUCAUCAUUUGCCUGCUGAAAAUUCCCACCACGAACGCAACAAGAAGUCUGCUGGAACCUUUCUCUAAACUGCUGAGUUUUGUCAUCCAGUACGGAGUCUUCAGUCUGUCUUACCUCGUGGAGCUCUGUGGCCUGUGUUACAAAACCUUCAGCAAGGAAAGAGACAAGUUUUAUAUGUCUCGUAUUGUGGUCCUGGAGCUUCUACAGGCACUGAAGUUCAAAUCUCCCAUCCCUGAUACCAACCUGUUACUGCUGGUCCAGUUUGUAUGUGCUGACAUUGGCACAAGGCUAGCGGAGUCCACCAUUCUCCAAAAGCACAUGAUCUCAUCUCUGCCAGGGUGCACUACAGCAGCCAUGGAGUGUUUAAGGCAGUAUCUUAGUGAGUUGUUGGACUUCAUUGCAGAUAUGCACACUCUAACCAAAUUGAAGAGCCAUAUGAAGGCAUGCUGUCAACCCCUGCAUGAGGACACUUUUGGUGGGAAUCUGAAGGUGGGCCUGGCCCAGGUAGCCGCCAUGGAGAUCAGCAAAGGCAAUCACCGUGACAACAAAGCUGUGAUCCGCUACCUGCCAUGGCUCUACCACCCUCCUUCCGCUAUGCAACAAGGGCCUAAAGAGUUCAUCGAGUGUGUGUCUCAUAUUCGUCAGCUCUCUUGGCUUCUGCUUGGAUCUCUUACCCACUGUGCUUUGCAUCAGGGCUCCACGUCCUGUAUGCCCAUUCCACUAGAUGCAGGCUCACACAUCGCUGACCACCUCAUCGUGAUCCUUAUUGGCUUUCCAGAACAAUCUAAGACAUCAGUGUUACACAUGUGUUCCCUGUUCCAUGCCUUCAUGUUUGCCCAGUUGUGGACCAUUUACUGUGAGCAGGCCGCAGCAGCACCAUCUGGUCAGAACCAGAAUCAGAACGAGUUCUCCUCCGUUGCCAUUCUCACGGGCCUGGAGUUCUGGAGCCGGGUCACACCUAGCAUCCUGCAACUCAUGGCUCACAAUAAAGUGAUGGUAGAGAUGGUCUGCCUGCAUGUGAUCAGCUUGAUGGAGGCCUUACAAGAAUGCAACUCAACCAUUUUUGUUAAGCUGAUUCCCAUGUGGCUGCCAAUGAUCCAGUCCAACUUAAAUCACCUAUCAGCUGGUCUACAGCUGAGGCUCCAGGCCAUCCAGAACCGGGUGAACCACCAAUCUCUGCAGGGUUCUGGUUCCAAUCCUCUCCCGUUUGCCCUCCGCAAGUGGCUCCAGUGCACCCAGUUUAAAAUGGCCCAGGUGGAGAUCCAGUCCUCAGAGGCUGCCUCCCAGUUCUACCCCAUGUAA